CUCAAUAAACUUUGUUCUGCGUUUAACUUGAAUACUUUUAAUGAACACAACUUCACUCCAGUAAUAUUACUUGUAGCAUUUCACUCAGGAUCUUCCCAACAAAUCCCUGUGGAAGCUGAAGGCAUUGUCCAUGGGUUAAAAUUAAUCCAACACUUAGCACAAGAGUAUAGCUGCCCCUUACUUUUACCAUCUUUGGAAUACGAACCAGUAAAAGUUCAACUUGGAAAAUAUCCAACGUCAUCUGGUGUUUCCACAGAAUAUGAAAGUGACUACACAAAUAGCUUUCGUCCUAUCACGUGCAAAAAUAUUCAGUCUACAAAAGAUAAUGCAAAAUUUUCAUUGGGUUUCUUAUCUGUGUCUCGGUCGGAUGAUGUAAGAGCUGAACUGUACAAACGUGUUUUUGCUGGAGAAUUCACUGGUUGGUACUCUAGUUUUGGAAUGAAUAAAGAUCGUUCUAAUAAUUCAGUUUGUUCCAACAUCAUCGUUAAUAAUGAUAAUAAUGACCAUUUCUCAGACACAUGUACAUCAAACUUUUCAGCAUCCUCAAGAAGUCCAAUUGCUAAACCACAAUUUACACUUGAUUCUCAGAACGUCAACUCUGUCUGUUCAUCAGUUCCUCAUCAUCCACCAAAAGAUGUAAUCUCACUCCCUUGGCUCCCUGUUAGUCCAACGAAUGCGUUUAAUUUCCAGAGUUUAAGGUCACUUCCAGCUGAAAGCUUUUUUUCUAGAACUCCUGGUGUAGAAACUACUCAUUUAAAUAUUAUUCAAAAGCCCAACAUUCAUAGACACUUGUCCCGACAGAAUAUGCUCAGUUCCCCAGAGUGUGAUAUCCCAUUGUCUACAGUAUGUGAACAAAUGCGCCAAAUGUCUCCUACAUCUCCUUUACUGUCUCAGACUGGUGUAUUCUGUUCAGUCUGUCCACAGUCAUGUUCUACAACUACCCCUUUACCCAGUAUUAAUUCUUCUGUAGAAGAGUAUUACGCUGAGCUCCCCAAAGUUACCCAAUCGGUUACUUUAGAACUAGAGUCACGUCGCCCUCAUCCUAAUCGACCUAAAAGGCCUCAUCCACAUACCGAUUCUGCUCAUUCUCAUUCACCGUCUCCGGUGCUAUCCAAUGAACAAAAUUUGUUGUUAAAAACUACAGCUUUUGAUCAAUCUACAGCUGACCUUAGUUAUAAACAUGGUCAAUCCCAUAUUAACGAUCAUCGAACUUUGGAUAAUGGUUCAACUGUUUAUGCUGAAGUUAACGAUGCAUUUGUUUACAAAACACUUCCUCAUUCUUUUUCACUAGCCUAUAUUCCUAGUAAACUUUCCUCACAUGCAGACCAUUAUGAAUUGACAGAUUAUUCUGUACAUCAUCCGAGUUUUUCACAUUCGCUUUACACCAAAAUCUGUGAUACUACCCAUAAAAAUCGCACCUCUGUUGUAAAUAAUACAAGCGAAGUCUGUCCUUCAAAUUUAUCGCAUUUGAAUCCGCUGUCGAAUGCUCUUUCGCAAUACAACGUUUCUGCUGAUGCUUCUUUUGGGAGAACUAGCUUGCAGUUUAAUCCGAAACUUACAGAUUUACCAGCUCUACCUCUGAGUGAGAUUUCACACUCUGUAUCAACUCAUUCAGAUGCAAAUUUUCCGUCUCUUCCUUUGUUUUGGAUGCCUACUGAAGUAACACGUCGUUCCAUUUUGUGCUCCUUUUCUUCGACUAGUAGUUCCAUCCCUGUAUGUUCUUGGUCUACGUGUAGACAGCACGCAUUUUCCGUGGUAAAUUUUAAUAAAUUUUCUAAAAAUGCUUCAGCUUCUGGUCUACAGUAUGCUCCAAAUCUAUUUCCUCUGGAGUCUUCUACCCUUCUUAAACCUGUGAUACCCGCAGAAUUUCUCUGCCAAUCUCUUCCAGUUUCCCAAUCAAAUGAAAAAAAAAACUUUAGUUGUGUCGAUUCAGCUGUCACUUUUACAUCUGAUCUGUCAAAUCAUAGAAAACGAUUUCCACGAAGUAUCUUAACUAGUCUUAUAAAGCGAUAUAAUAUUUGGUCACAAUAUAUCUCAAACAAUAGUCAUAAAUCAAAAAUCUAA